AUGUCCGCCGCCAUCUUCUUGGAUAGCUACCCCAAACACUUCACCAAUCUCGAUACGCUCUCCGGCCGGGUGGUUCUGACACUCCAGAAUGAAGCGCCGAUAUCAGGGAUACAGGUCAAGCUAGAAGGGGAGAGCCGCACACGGCUAUCAGGCCCUCGGAAUCCUCAGAAUGUGCACUCGGAUAAGAAGCGGACAGAGCUGGAGGUUCACAAGAUCCUUUACAAGGUUGCAACUGUGUUCCCGACAGCAGCUGUGAUGCAAGGCGGAAAUCCGGCGCCCUCGUACACUUUUGCUGCCGGUUCCUACGAUUACCCGUUCGAGUUCAAAUUCCCGUUUAAUAAUGCAUGUAGCCCAAAUAGCAUGCUCACCAACAUCAAUUUCACUGGGCUCAAGGUGGAAGUGGCCCGCGAUAGCAACCGCCAUGUCAAGAAAACUUUGCCCCCGUCUUUGAGUGGAUUCCCCGGGGAAGCCGAGAUCCGAUACUUUAUCAAAGCGACGGUGAUUCGGCCGCAGUUCUACAAAGAGAACAUUCGAUCGGUUAUGCCUCUGAAUUUUCUCCCGAUUGAACCACCAAGAACUGGAAAUCCAAAUGAGGAAACAUACGCCAGGAGAACACAUCAAUUUUCGAAAUCCAAUAAUAAAAUUCAAAAGGGUCUUAGCAAAAAGGGCUUGUUUUCCCGAUCCAUCCCAGAAGAACCCAAUGCGCCGCGUGUAUCGAUUGACGCUCGUCUUCCUAACCCUUCUAUCCUCACCUGCAACGAGCCGAUUCCCCUUCGCUUGAUCGUAAGAAAAACCACUGAAUCUCCAGACACCCUGUUUCUACAGAUGCUCCAAAUCGAGCUUAUCUCAUACACUAAGGUCAUGGCGCAUGACUUAACUCGGCAAGAGAUUAACUCAUGGGUCAUUUUGAGCCGCAGCAAUAUGGGCAUGCCAUUGGGACUACCAUCGGGAAAACCAUUGGAAAACCCUGGCGAACCUCAUGGCACUGAUUGCACAAUUGACCCAUCACUGUGGAACACUCUGCCCCUUCCCAAUUCGGUGGCCCCAACUUUUCAGACUUGUAAUAUCGAGCGAAGUUACGAGCUGGAAAUUCGCGUCGGGUUGACGCGCGGGACUCCUCGGGACAUGAAGCCCCAACUGAUUGUCCUACCCUUGCGAAUGCCUGUGAAGGUCUACUCUGGAAUCGCGCCCCCUAAAGCACUUCUAGAUGCUAUAGCUGCAGCAAGAAUGCAAUCAUCUCCUGUUCAGCCUGUACAUAGGCCUAGUUGGCCAGCUGGGCAGGGGUCGGACUCUCGCCCGCCAAUGCCUCCACGGCCAACAAGGCCACCGGUACCAGUGGAAGCGAAUCCAGACUAUGACGAUGCACCGCCGAGCUACGAGGAUGCAAUGGCUGAAAACUUAAGUCCAGUAGAUGGGCCACGUCGCGAGUAUCACCCACCCGACGCCACUCCUCCCCGAAGAACCAUGGACCAUGGGACUGACGGCAAAUCUCCAGUCGAAGCUAGUCGAGCUCGCGAAGGAGGUCCCGCCCUGGGCGGCCACCCCCCCUCAGAUGAGUACCCUUCCAAUCACCGCUCAUCCUCCGAAUCUUUUGAUAUGCUGCCGGGAACUCCACCCGAGUCGGUCUCUGGAUCACCCCCCGGGGUCACCAACGAUGCACCGACAUCUCAGCGUCAUGAAGGUUCAUCGGAAUACGACGCAUGA